AUGGAUGGUGCCGUUCGGAGUGCACUGAUUGAUGACUGGUACAAUUAUAGUUAUGCGGUUGUUCGAAAAGGAAGGAGGCUUCUCCAUGACAUCCUAACAGCUUGGCCCUUGUCCGACCAAACGCUGGCCAACCUGGUUACGGAAGCUCUGAAGGAUUACUGCUCUUUGUGGGAGAUCUUACUGAAGCUUCUUGAUGGAGAUAGGCCCUCCGCCACCCUCCAUCGUUAUAUAGAUACUUGCCCCCGGAACUUAUGGCUUGCCAAUACAUCUCUGUGCAGCGCUCUGAGUGACAUGUGUGAAGCAGGACUGAUUGACCUUGGAGAAGAGUGUAGCAAUGAGGUCCUGGAAUUGACAGCAUUACAUGCAAGCGACAACGUUUCAGUGGUCCAUCAUGGUAACCGUGUACACCCUGUGUUUCCUGCAAUAGCUGCACUUCUACACGACGUGCUAGAGGGGAAUGAUCAUAGAGUAAGCACUCUGGCUGUGUUUCCGCAGACUCGUCGGGGUACACGUUUGAUAAAAACCUAUCUCAAGUUGCUCUCCUCUCGCUGGUUUAUUGAUGCUGUGCAUACUGGCGGUAUCGAAUCCAUGGAGAUUGCUCUUCCGUCGCCCAUUGCACAUAGCCAACAAACUUCCUUAGAGGCUCUGUUCCGCUCUAUCACUGUCGAUUCUAUCACAUACCUUUAUUAUUAUGCUGAUUGUGCACGUAAGCAAGGACGCGCUCUAAGGAUUGUCCUCGGGUACUAUUCCCUCGCUGCGCAACUAUGCCUCAACGUGAGCCAGGGCCCCACCAGACUCCAACUCUUUGACCCUAUCUUCAGCCCUUUAAGUGCUCUUAGUUCGAAUCCGACCGAAUUCACAUCAGACAUACUCUUGCUACUGUAUGCUUAUCAUGAUAUGAGUGCAGAUAUAAGCACAAGGUUAACGCGCAUAAACAUCUAUACAGCCUCGUGCUCCCUCUCAGUAAGCGCGGUAGCUCAGCUGUUUCGACCAACUCACGAAUCUACGUAUCACUAUUAUCUCUGGAAGCGCAGCGUCGCCGUGCCUCUUUCGACGGUCUCUUCCCCAUUGGCUCGGGUUGCCCUGCUUUGUGUUCCACCGUUAUCUGACCAAGCCAUGACAGUCUACUUCAGAAACCUGGUUACAGUCACAAGCGGCUGCAUCUAUAUUUCGUGUCUGACAGGCUCUUACGUACAAAGCUUGCAACACGUGCUACUGUCUGUCCUUUCAGCAGAUGAGUUUUAUCACAUCCGGCCGGACAGGCUGCAUGAUUUGAUUAGCGCUAAAGACGAUUUGUGCAAGUACAAGGUCAUCAUCUUUUCAAGCAGUAAUGAUAUACUCUUGUACAUGCGGAAGUACAGGGUGCUUCUUCCGGCUGCAGAGGGCUUGCUGCUCUUCAACGGCGCUACAUCAGAGUCAUUACUCCAUGUCUUAGUAGAUGCUCUAGGAUCUGCGCUGAGACACGUGACGAUCUUCUAUAACGAUUCUAGCAUAUACAGCACCAUAAAGGGCAUCUUCCAACGAUUCUACGACGGCUUAGACGUCAUCUUUUCUAGAAAAACGGUGCACCCAAAACGGAUUGGCCACAGUACAGGACUAGUGGCAGAACACGUGGUCGGCGCGGGGAUGCUUUCCCAAGAGGCCAGAAAGAAGGUAGCCCUGCUCUAUGGGGAUGUGGAGCUCUUAGACACGCUUGCCCUCGCAGCAGCAGUGACGCGGUUUGGCCCCGGCGAUGGCUUGUGCCUGACAGACCUGGGUAGAGAGAUGGCCUAUCAAGCUUCCAUCCACAAGGCCUACGAAUGGAAACCAGUCGAGAUCUCCCCCGAAGAAUGGCUUUUAAUAGUCCUAUGCAUCACAGAGACAUACUUUUCCGGCACGAUUACCACGACGGCUCUUUGUACUAACGUUAUAGAAGUAUACUGUGGCCGCCUCCAAGACCUCUCUAUUUCGCAGUGCCGACUCGUUAUCAGGCUUCUUUGUUUGACCAUGGGGACACAGCCAGAGUAUCGCCACCUUGUGAGCAGAGAGGCGGAGGAGCCGUGUGUAGGCGUGGAAACCAUCCCGAUCAUUAAGCGAUGCUACGAAAAUUUCAAGGUGAGCACCCUGACGCACAUGCGCCGCGUGGUCAGAGCCGUCAUAGUGAAGCUUCUGGUCUGCCGGGCACUGUACCCCCAUUACACAUACAAGCUAGACGCGGAAGAGGCCCAGACCCUGCUGCAGCGGCACUUUGAAGAGUCCAUCCCACUGUCUAUCGAGAUGGGCUCUUUGGCGCUCCUCUUGGCUGGAAGCAAUAUGCCUCUGCAUUCCAAACUUUCUGAGUUAGAAGAAUGGAAUAUUCCACUGCUAUCGAGUUGCUUGCAGCACUUUUGCAUGGCAGGCGUUUCAAAGAAGACGGAGAGCAUGGCCCAAUUUGAAUAA